CUGGCAAUCCUGAGUCCUCGUACCAAGCAGAGAGGUGAUUCUGCGCCUUGAAAAUGAUGAACGGCGGGAGUGCCCAUCCGUACGAAUUGACACCUUGGAUAAUUGACACCCACUCUCUAUUCCCUGGCUGUAUAGUCUUUGGACGACUCUUUGCUUCCGAGCUUGUAACUACCUUUGCAGUAGCAAUAACUCCCAUGGCAAACCCUGCUUCAUCAAAGUUGUAGAUAUCCUGCUCUAAGAUGCCGUAUUUUGCAACCACGUUCCGUACAAGAGAAAACCACUCUUGAAUUAUCUUAGGAUCUUCACAUUUUGCUCGUUUAUAAUCGUACUUCCGACUGAACUUUGAUUUAAUUUCCGUACGACGCUUAAUAAAGGUAGUAGUCCAGUUCUUCCCAACAGGGCUCUCGCCUCAUUCAGAGAGUAGAAGGUCGGCCAUUUCUUGCACAGCUUGCGGUCGGGGUGGAAAUCCACGCGAAUCUAGGUCGAGAAUAUAUUGAACAAGAGCUGACUCUUCGUACAGAGUCAACUUACGUGAGUUAGGAGUAGAGUCGCGUCGAGAAGUUAUACCACGAAUCCGGUUACGUAAGGUUGUACGGGGCACAUCGUAUGAUACUGCAGCUGCUUGAACAGUUUGACAAUUGCCUUGUUUAAUUGCUUGAAUAGCUAAUAGUAUCCUGCCCUCUUGAUUAGAGGAUUGGGCUUGUGUUGGUCGUGGCAUUGUUGACUAUAGUUAAGUUGACACGUUUUGGUGUUUUGGUGGUGGCGACUCGCCCGGGAUGGCGACUCACAUGUGAAAUACGUUACUCAAUAUGACUACAAAUACUAUAAACUGGGGCCAAAUAACAGGCCCCAACGACUUCCUCCCACCCUCUCCUACCACUAUUUGUGACCCUUUUGACGAUAUCGACGACGUCGAUAUCGUCAAUAGCCCUCCCCCUCUACCCACCACUGCUGCUGCCAAUCCUCCUCUGCAGGCUGCCCGCCCAAGCCGCCGCCAGCCUGCCGAAACUCUCCGCGCUCGUCUCGAUACUACGAUGAGAAUUUUGCUUCUGCGCCUCUGUAUAAGAGAUGCAGAGCUCUACUCCCGGGCCUCCCGGAAGACCUUUGCGAAGAGACUGGCCAAGAUCAUAUGA